CAUGGCCACUCUCAGCAUGAAGCCCGGUAGCCGGUACUCGGUGCCAGACUGGCACACCAACAAUACUCUCAUCGCCACUAAUGCUGAGAGGCAGCGUUUAUCUUCACAUCAAAUCCGCCAAGAGGCACGGGUCCUCCGCAAUGAGACCAACAAUCAGACAAAAUGGGAUGAGCAUGAUAACAGAACCCGUCUAGCUGAUCGUAUAGAUGACGUAGAAAAGUGGAGGCAGGUGCUGAACAGGUGUCUGGCCGAGGUGGACUCUGAAAUAAAUGCAUUGAGUCUGGUAAAAGAGGAAGCAGAACGCACCUUGCAGGCAAGCAAUGUCCCACUGGAUGUGGCCAUUGAGUGUCUGAACUUUCGUGAGAGUCGGCGAGAUAUUGACCUUGUGAAGGAUCCUGCUGAGGAUGAGCUGCAUAAGGAGGUGGAAGUGAUUGAAGGUGUCCGCAAGGCCUUGCAACAGAAGAUCAGUGAGGCAUUUGAGCAGCUGUGUCUCUUGCAGGAAUCCCGUCACCAAAUGAACUGGGACCAAAGAAACAAGACAGAGACAGUAGAGAUUGAUCGGACUUGCCUAUCUCUGAAUACAAACUCCCCAAACAUCUCACUGAAAAUUGACCCAACACGUGUACCACAUGGGACAAGCACUCCUCAAGAGUGGGAGCAGUACAGCCGUUACAGCAAAGACAGAGCAGAGGCGGAGAUCAGAGCCUCUUCACAGCUAAGAGAAGUCAUUGCUAACACAAUUGCCCAGGCUAAUAAUGAGUUGGAUGCUCAGAGGGUAGCUGUGGAAUUUGCCUUAAGGAAAAGAAUUCAUGAGUUUGAGAGAGCUCUAAACGAACUAAAAUGGCAAGAGAAAAAUACUAGGGAAGAGAUAGAAGACACAGAGCAGGAUAUCAGGCGACUGGAACAGGAUCUUAAAGACAAGAAUGGACCACUGAAGCUGGCUCAUACGCGCCUGGAAACUCGCACUUAUAGACCAAAUGUGGAGCUCUGUAGGGAUCAGGUGCAAUAUGGCUUGACGGAUGAAGUUCACCAGCUGGAGGGUACCAUUGCUGCCCUGAAGCAGAAACUAGCUCAGACACAGGAUGCCCUGGAUGCACUGUAUAAGCAUCUUGCUCGUAUAGAAAGUGAUAUCAAGUGCAAGGAGCACUCUCUCAACAUGGAUAAAAAAUGUAUGGAUACCCGCCAGAAACUUACCCAGCCUGCUGACAAAUAUGCGGUGACCUUGGACACAUUUAACCGAACCGCUAACCGCAAUCUUUCACCCCUGAAGAGCCGCCAGCUAGAACUCUGCUAGAGUUGAGAAAGGGAUGUCCAGCUAUUACAGCCUUUUGCAACAUACCACUUUAACCUCCAAGAUGCUAGAAAUAAAUUCGUAAUGAUUA